AUGGCCAUUCGCUCAGUCAAGUUCACGCCUGAGGUCCUUCUUGGGGCUCCCAGAAGGUCCUCAGCUGUUCCCAAUGCUGCCGGUACCCUCGCAGUCUACACACAAACAUCAUACUCCUUCGAAUCGCAUUCCAAGACGAGUGAAGUUCGAGUACUUGAUAUCGCAUCCGGUCGUUCUGCCCUGAUCACAAAUGAUGCUGGUGCGAGCAACCCCCAGUGGCUGGGAAGCGGUGACGAGCUGGUCUGGCUUAAGUCCAAGGCCAAUGGAAAUACAAGUUUCAUUAUCGGCAAUGCACGGGAAGCCGACGAUACUUACACUGCCGGUACUGUGCCAGGCCCAGUAUCAGAUCUGAAAGUGACCCUCAUCGAGCCGGGCAAGAUCGGCUUCGCCGUCAGCGGCAAGGCAAACCCGGACGGUUCUCUGUACAACCCUCACGAUGCGAAGAAGCCACCCACAACGGGCCGCCUCUACACGUCUCUCUUCGUACGACACUGGGACACUUAUAUUGAGCCUCAAAAGAACGCCAUCUGGUAUGGUUUGCUCGAGCAGGCGCCCUUGUCUCCUGCCCGCCGUUUGGCAGGAAGGUAUUCUCUCUCGGGCCUUACCAACUUGAUUCAAGUGUCUGGCUUGGCAGGAGUGGAGUCCCCUAUCCCACCUUUUGGCGGGACCGGGGAUUUUGAUAUUAGCCCUUCGGCGAUUGUCUUUAUCUCCAAGGACCCAGGUCUGAACCCUGCCUUACACACAUCCUGCUCGUGCUAUUAUGCGCCUAUGUUCUCUUGGACUAGCUUGAGUGCACCCGAGGUCAAGUCAUGCAAGGUCACUUCUUUGCAGGGCGCUAUGUCGUCUCCCGUCCUAUCUUCAGACGGAAGCUCUAUCGCACUCUUGGCUAUGAAGGAAGAUGGAUACGAGUCUGACAAAAAUCGUAUCCUGUACGUCCCGAACCCAUGGAGCGGCGAGAUGAUUGAAGUUUUCGAGUCUGCAGACGGCAAGGGUUCGUGGGAUCUGAGUCCUUCAUCUGUAAAAUUUUCGCACGAUGAUAAAUCGCUGUUUAUUCAGGCUGAAGAAAUCGGGCGUGGUGUCCUGUAUCAGCUCCCCCUGCAAGACAUCAAGAGUGCCAAGCCCGACUCACUGAAGAAGCUCACUCACAAUGGCUACAUUUCCGAUUUGGCGCCUGCGGCUUUGGGAUCUUCAAAGCUGCUUGUCACUGCCAGUUCCCUGGUAGAUAACAGCGUGUGGUCCAUCCUGGACCCCUCCAAGCCCGAAGAAAUCUACCCCGUAUCAUCUAUUGGGCGCGGAGGUGCGACUUUUGGCCUUUCUUACUCUCAGGUUGAUGAAAUCUGGUUCCCCGGCGCCGAGGAUCACCCUGUGCAUGCCUGGGUUGUGAAACCAUCGAAUUUCAAGCCGGGUGAAAAAUAUCCGCUGGCCUAUUUGAUCCACGGUGGUCCGCAAGGAGCGUGGAAUGACCAGUGGAGCACUCGAUGGAACCCGGCAGUGUUUGCAGAGCAGGGCUACGUGGUGAUCACGCCCAACCCGACUGGCAGUACUGGAUACGGGCAAGAAUUCACCGAUGCCAUUCAAACCCAGUGGGGUGGCAAGCCGUAUGAAGAUAUUGUCAAAGGGUUCGAGUAUAUUGAGCAGAACUUAGAUUACGUGGACACUGACCGAGCUGUCGCACUGGGUGCCUCUUACGGAGGGUUCAUGGUGAAUUGGAUUCAAGGCCACGAUCUCGGCCGCAGAUUCAAAGCUUUGGUUACCCACGAUGGCAUUUUCAGUAUGACUUCGCAGCUUUCCAGCGAAGAGCUAUAUUUUUUCAACCAUGACCUGAAAGGCCCUCUCUGGAAGGUGCCUCAGAACUGGGCUGAAUGGGAUCCGUCUCGCCAUCUCGACAAGUGGGCCACGCCUCACCUCAUCAUUCAUAAUGAGCUGGACUACCGUCUGCCUAUUUCCGAAGGUCUGGCCGCUUUCAAUGUCUUGCAGAUGCGUGGUAUUGAUAGCGCCUUUUUGACGUUCCCCGAUGAGAACCACUGGGUCCUCAACCCAGAAAAUUCUCUUCUGUGGCACCACACCGUGCUGAAUUUCAUUAACAGACAUGUCGGCCUUCCUCCUACGACUGAAGAGCCUAGCCUUCCUUCAAGCAUGAACAAGAUGGUUCUCUAA